CGGCUGGAGGAAAAUGAAUCCAGGAAACCAGGCCAGACCGCGAGGUUUCCUCUAAUAGGGAGCUGUGUGUGUGUGAAGGGCCUGCAGCCAAUCAGCUAAAGUCAGAGAGGAGCCUUCCAAGGGGCCAUUAGAGCUUCAGAGUCCACGAGGCUGCUGAGGGAGAGGAGGCCUGAGGCCCAGGGUGGGCACCAGCCAUGGGUGCCGCUGAGACUGCCUUGCCCUCUAUCAGCACACUGACCACCCUGGGCCCUUUCCCAGACACGCAGGAAGACUUCCUCAAGUGGUGGCGCUCUGAGGAGGCACAGGACUUGGGUCCUGGCCCCCCCGACCCCACCGGGCUGCCCCUCCACGUGAAGCUGGAGUCAGAGGAUGCACCUGUGGAGGACCAGGACGAAGUUGAGAGGGAAGAGGCCACCGCCUGGGACCUGGAUCUCUUCCUCACCAACUUCCCCUACCCAGAGAGGGUUGGUGCGUCCCAGACCCCGGGAGAAGGCUCGGGGCCACAAUUCCCGCAGCAGCCCGAGACUCUGGGUGCCUAUGCUGGUGGCCUGGGGCUAGUGGCUGGGCUCUUGGGUCCCCAGGGACACCCAGGCUGGGCGCGCCCAGCCCCAAGAGUUUCAGCCCCCGACGCCUUUGUGGGUCCAACCCUGGUCCCGACCCCCGAGCCGAAGGCGCUGCCGCUGCAACCGGUGUACCCGGGACAGGGUGUGGGAACCCCCGGCAGUUACUUCCCGCGGACCGGGCUUUCGGUGCCUGCGGCACCCAGCGCCCCCUAUGGGCUGGUGUCUGGGUACCCCGCGCUGUACCCGUCGCCUCAAUACCAGGGGCACUUCCAGCUCUUCCGGGGGCUCCGGGCUCCCGCGCCCAACCCCGCAGCGCCCGCCUCCUUCCUAAGUUGUCUGGGGCCCGGAACAACGGGUGUGGGACUCGGGGGGACCGUAGGAGACCCAGGAGGGACAGCCGAAGUCGCACCGUCCAAGCGCAGCAGGCGCUCCUGCGUGCGCAAGCGGCAGGCGGCGCACACUUGCACGCACCCGGGCUGCGGCAAAAGUUACACCAAGAGCUCACACCUGAAGGCGCAUCUGCGCACGCACACCGGGGAGAAGCCAUACGCCUGCACUUGGGACGGCUGCGGCUGGAGGUUCGCGCGCUCAGAUGAGCUGACCCGCCACUACCGGAAGCACACCGGACAGCGUCCCUUCCGCUGCCAGCUCUGCCCGCGUGCUUUUUCACGUUCUGACCACCUAGCCUUGCAUCUGAAGCGUCACCUUUGAGUCCUGUCCAGCCACUUGGACCUUCCUGUGGACUGAGGAUAGAACAAGAGCCGAUCUAUGAGUGUGGUUUUCCUUCUGAUGGACACUUGCCUGGAAACGCUGCCCCUCAGAACCACAGAUCCCGCCGCCUAAAGAUUGAGGACUGACCCAUAGACCUGGGGAGCCUCCAAAAGAAGCUCCCACGUGUCCUUAGACACAUAGUCACACAGAAAUGUCCAACGGUCAUGCAGACACAGCGAGACAGACUUCCAAAUGAACAAUUCAGAUAGACAUUCAGACUUCCGCCAGAGAGACACUCCGCUGGACCCUUAGACCAGCUCACAGGAGGCCCUGGAAAGUGGGAGGGUUGUGGGCUGAGGCCUCCCUGGGUCCAGAAGGGGCUUCACACUGUGACUUGCACAGUGGCUGCAGUCCGCUGUGAAUGGUUAUUAUGGGUCCUGUAAAAAUGCCCUCCCAGAUAAAGCUUCAGUG